AUAUUUUCUAAGCCUUAAAACUUAUUCUACGUUUAUUUAUACAUACAUAAAAAUACAUGUAUACUUUUAACUUAUAAAUAUUAUAUAAUGUUGUAUUCUCUUUUAUAUCAUUUCUGAUGAUAAAUAUUUCCUACUUUUACAAAAUUCCAAUGAUAGAGAAACCCUACAUUUGGUGAGGUUUGCUGCUCUCCACCAUCUCGUGUAUUCUCCAUUUGGAAUUAUGUCAUCAUGUCACUGUGCUUUUCUUCCACUAAAUGUUUUACAAAGGGCACCCUGGUGGCCAGGGCACUGUCCAGCUUUGUUCAGGCUCAGUGACCAGGCAGUGCUGGGGUUUUCUAUGAGCAGCUACAGUGGAUCAGCUCAUAUGUGGAUGCAUUUUCUGCUCCCAGGCGCCCAGUGCACGGAUGGUGGUGACAGCUGAUAGGAAGGAGACCCUUCCAUUCCCGUUUUGUACUGUCUGAGGAAACAAGCUUCACGUACCAGGCAUGAAGCCGUCUCUCUUCCUUUUGUAGAUUGGAGAAGGGUUUCUGCCUCAACAGGAGGCCACUAAAGGUCAGACCUUCUAGGGAUCUACUUUGUUCAUGUUUGCUUUUUACCUUGAUGGUAAUUUUGAUACUUACUCUGUCUCAUAGUACAACUAUAACAAUUACUUUCAUUUCACAAUUUGUGUAGGUGACUUCAUGUUCUGUCACCUUUCCGGUGGUACUACAUUUUUACUCUCUCUGGGAAGUUAGGAGGGCAAAUCUCCCACAACUUAGGGAGGGAACAUUUCCUCAGUCACCUUCCCAACGGGGAGUUUCUCCAUGCCACAGAGUUUUGCCUUCCACCUGGAUUUUGACAAAGGGAGGUGUUUUCUUUUCGCAGAGGACGGGACUAGACCCUUCCUUGGUCACCCAUGUGCCACCAAGACCCAUCAUGGUCCUUGACACCUUGUGAAACUGAUUGGGAUGAUUUUCUGUGCUGGUUCCUCCCCACCACGGCACCCUAAGGUAUCACUUGGUGGACACUUCUGUUCUCUGACAGCAGCCUGGGGCCCUGACUAACAACGGGUGUCUUCAGAAGCUAGGCAGAAAGGCCUGAUGAGGUGCUGUGGCCUGUAAGGUGCAGGUGGGUAUUCCAUCUCCAUUCUUUCUAGGUCUCUGGACCCCAAACAACCAAGAGGUAGAGCCUAGGACUGGGACAGGAAUAAGGGCAGUGCCCAUAAAGCCUGACACCAAACUGAGGUCCACCUUAAGGCAUGGGCACACCUUCCUCCCUCUUACUGUCAUCUAAUAUGCUCAGGGGAGCUGGGAAGCGAUCAGAUGGGUGAGGUACCUGAGUUCUAGCAGAGCGCAGGCUGGGUGCCAGGGAUGCUCCUUGGCCAUCUCACUGCCUGAGGGAGAAGUCCUGUGUCCUGGAGGAAGGAACAAGUACAUGUUAUGAGGGCCCUGCCUUUGUCCCAGAGGCUCCUGGCUCUUAUUCAUAUCUGUGUUCUACCUGUCCCAAGACUUAUUCCUGAGAUCAGCUUAAGUGUGAAGCAGACGGAGGAGACAUGGCUCCUUAGCUGAGAAACCAAACUGAAGGAGGCCAGGCACAUGCCCGAGGGGGCUGAGUUUCAGUGAAGAGGCUGGGGCGGAGGGAUUUGGCGAAGAUGACGGAAGGCCAAGGAAUGAGAUGGGACACCCAGAAAUCAGGUUGAUAGAGUACCUGGGUUCAGACGAGGGUCUCUGAGUGAUCCUGGUGGCUGGAUGAUGAUGUACCAGGGGUGACAGCAGGCUGAGCUUAGGGUUCUGUGGGGGCACCAGGAGAGAGGUGUUGGAGCCGUCAAGAUGGCCCACAGGGUGCAGGGGGAGGCCUAGGAGGCUCUAGAAAGGGCAGGUGGGUUUCUAAUAAGACAGGCUAAUAAAGAGAAAAGUACAACUUUUGGAUUUUCUUUAUUUUGUUCAUUUUUCCCCCCUCUUGACAGCUUAGAAAAUUCCUUUGGAAAACUAUUCCAUCUCUGCUGAACUCAGGGUAAGGGAGGUCCAGAGGCUGCCGGAGGAGGGGAGGUGGGGCCUUCAGCCUUGGCCCCUCUCACGCACCCCUAUACAUCCUGGGAGACAAUAGUGCAAAUCUCUACUUCACACCUGAGGUGACAGGAGGUUGCACUUUCUAAGGCAGAGCUUCCUGUCAGGACACCAUGCCCUCCAUGGUCUCUCUCACAGGCCAGCCUGCAGGGUUGGCACCAUGGAGUAUGUGCCCGCCCACCCCUCCCCCACUGGCCCACAGUGGAAUCGUCUUCUUGGGUUUCUGGUAAUUUCAUCAGGGCUGCAUCAUGUUGCUAGAGCUACAGAUAGCAUCUCACUAUGCUCUUCCCUAACAGAGCCUCUGAGGCUGGACACAGGCUGAGAGUUGGAACAAUAGGGUGGAGAUCUGGGGGGCUGUGAGGGUCUGUGAAGGUCUGGGAUACCGGAACAGCUUUGAGGAACGAUGUCACUCGCCACUGGAACCUGUGGAAAAAAGAGAAGGGGCGGGUUUGCCUGCAGAGGCCCUGAGCUCCUGGAGCUCUUGUGCAUUAUGUUGUCUCCUGACAGCUCCACCUAGACAAACCCCCAAUCCGGGUGUGGGCGAAGAGACACCCCCCCCCCCCAGGCCAGGCAGAGAGACUGUCCCCCAGCACAGGUCCACCUUAACUGGGCAGCCCUGUGGGCGGGGCGCAUUGUUGAUGCCUGUGCAGACAGCAGUCCAGGCCCGAGUGUGGGACAGACUUGCAGGCAGCACUCCAAGCUUCCAGCCUGCGACCCAGCUCCUCAUGCUGAGUCUGCAGCCCCGCACCAUGGUCCAGGGGGCCUUGGAGCCUGAUGGCCCCGGCUGGGGCUGGGAUGGGGAGGAUGACUGGGACAGUGCUGUCCUCACCCUGCUGGCGCUGGCUGUGGUGGCUGCCACGGCACUGGCUUUGCACUGGUUUGGCUCUGGGCAGGACCAGGAAGCGGCAGGACCUGCAUCCACAACCCCCAGGGCCCAGCCUUUACAGGCUGGAGGAGCCAGCCCAGCCCUGCCCCUGCAGCCCAAGGUCAGUGGUGGUGUCGAGGGACACAGCUCAGGGCAGGGGCAGCCAGACCCUCCAGGACGUGGCCAGGGGAGUCCAGCUGCAGCAGGGGCCCAAGAUCAGGAGCUCCGGGGAGGUGGCCUGGCUGCCACAGCGGCACCUCCAGUCAAGACACCCGGCGAGGUGGCCAGUGGAGGGGCCUUGGGACGGCAGCACGACAGUGCCACUCCGGAAGCCCUGCGAGGUAAAGGAAGGGAGCCUCUCAGGCCAGAUACUGCCUUCCUGGGUUGGAGCAAAGUAGGGGGGACAUCCGGCCCCCUCCUGAUACACUUCACCCCUCGGAGUCCUGGCAGAGAGACUGAAGGGCAAGUGGAGGCAGGAGGUGUUCAAGCCAAGGUGCCAGCUCACCAGGCCCUGGUCCACACAGCAGAACAGGACACCAGCCCCUGGCAACAAGGUGUAGGGCCACCUGGCUCGCUAGAGAGAGGUCGAAGAAGCCGGCGGUGGCAGGUGGACCCAGGCUCAGAAGAUAGACACCGCCGCCUCCCAAAGCUGGACCCCCUCCGCCUGGGCUCUGUGGUGAGUGUGUGGGAUGCCGUGGAUGCAGCCAGCAGCCUCUCCACAGGCUCCCAGCGGCCUCCUCUCCCCUUGGAGCUGCCUCCACCACGUGCCACGCAGACUGGGCCUUUGACAGAGGGCACAGUGAAGGGGCACAGGGAGAGCAGCCUCCAUCCAGCCUCAGUCCUAGCUCUGGAGAGCAGGGAGGCUGGGCCCCAGGCUCCCAGGGAGUCUCAGGGACCCCCAGCCUCCGUGGAAGGCUGGCCGUGGGAGAGGAGCUUCGUCCAGACCCCAGACUCCAUGGGCCCAUGGCCAGAGGGGUCGCAAUGCGGACAUCCACUCUUGCCUCAAGGACGGGGGACCGCAGACGCCAGCAAUGCGGUAAAGGCUGGGGCUCAAGGCUCUGGAGACCGCUCUUUCUUCAGCUCAGGGCCAGGCGGGGCAGAGCAGCAACGGGGCCAUGGCCUCCUAGAAGGGAGACCAUCUUGGCAAGGCCAGCGUGGGCAGAGCAGCGGGCAAGAGGCAGGCAGUCUGGACACAGAAAAGUGCCCCCCAGACACCCCCGGCUCAGCCACGCUCUCCCCGCGCAUCCCUAAGCCCCUCCCGCCCUUGGCUUCCCCGCCCACAGCACAUCCUCACGGAGGCCUCUUACCGGCAGGCUCAACCCUUCCGACCUCCUCGCCUUCAGACUCUUUGUCCCUCAGAGUUAGUCAGGGUUCUGCCGAGGAUGAAACUCUCAGGGCAGUGUCAGCCCCAGCCCCAGCCCCAGCCCCUGCCCCAGCCCCAGCCCCAGCCCCAGUUCCGACCCCUACCCCGAGUAGCGAGUCAAGGCCUAUGUCCCAGGAGCCCAGUGUGGCUCUCUGCAAGGACAACCAGGAAGGGCAGAUCUCAUCUAGCUGGGAAAACCUUAUUUCGAUGGUUCUUAGGAGUCACCCUUUCCCCAGGCAAGAGAGACGCCAAGGGAGAGCCCCAAGGGCAGCUCCCAGGAGCCCUAGAGAUCCCAGCACUGAUGCACCCUCUGAGAACAGAGAGUCUGGUUCUCCCCCCGACGGGGCCGCCACCAGCCUGGAGGUCAGGAACGGCUCCGCCGUUGGAAUGGUCACAGAAGCUGGCACAGGGGGCCUGCCUGAGGCUGGGUGUCCGCAACAGCAGAGAAGCUCGGAUACCAGGGAGGCUCCUACUCCAGACCCUUCCUCAGGCCCAAGGCCAGAUGCAGUGGAUGAGAAACAUCCAGACUCCCCACUGCCUGGAGCCGCAAUGCCCGGGGCCCCAUCACGGUCCCCUGGGCAGAGGCAACCUGGCCCUGUACCCUCCCCCACCGCGAGGGGGGUCUCACAGCCUGUCCCACGGCCCCGGAAACGCAGCAUGUGUGAAAUAGCAGAGAGCUCUGAGCGGGAGGUCAGCCAGAUGGUACCACUGAGGCAGGAGGGAGAGGCUCCAGGGGAGAGGCCCCGCCCUGCAGGCAGCGGGGCAGUCCUCACAGAAAAGCAGGAGGCCCGAAAACUCAAGGUGCUUCUGCAGAGGCCCGGGAGCUGGGGGGUGGCGGAGGGGCCUCGGAAGCCCAGCUCCCUAGCCCAGGAGCCCACUCUGGCCGCGGCUCGACGACAGCGGCUGGACCUGGGCAGCUGCCUGGAUGUACUGGCCUUUGCCCAGCAGCACGGGCAGCCUGGCCUGGUGCAGGAGACCUAUGCGUUGAUGAGCGACAAUCUGCUGCACGUGCUAGGAGACCCGGGCCUCUACCGGCAGCUGAGCGGGGCCGAGCGGGAGCGCAUCCUGAGCCUCCGGACGGGCCGGGGCCAGGCGGUGGUGGGGGUCCUUGUGCUGCCCAGCCUCUACCCGCUGAGCCGCUCGGGGCUCACAAGGGGCCCUUGUGGGGAGGAGGCCCCUACGGUGGGACCCGCACCCCUGCCUCCUCGUACGCACCUGCACGUGUUCAACCCCCAAGAAAACACAUGGCGGCCCCUGACACAGGUGCCGGAGGAGGCCCCGCUGCGGGGCUGUGGACUCUGCACCAUGCACAACUACCUGUUCCUGGCGGGGGGCAUCCGCGGCUCCGGUGCCAAGGCUGUCUGCUCCAACGAGGUCUUCUGCUACAACCCACUGACCAACAUCUGGAGCCAGGUGCGGCCCAUGCAGCAGGCCCGUGCCCAGCUCAAGCUGGUGGCCCUGGAUGGGCUUCUUUACGCCAUCGGUGGAGAGUGCCUGUACAGCAUGGAGCGCUAUGACCCGCGCACGGAUGCCUGGACCUCGCGCGCGCCCCUCCCUGCGGGCACCUUCCCUGUGGCACACGAGGCUGUGGCCUGCCGUGGGGACAUCUAUGUCACUGGGGGCCACCUCUUCUACCGCUUGCUCAGGUACAGCCCUGCGAAGGAUGCGUGGGAUGAGUGCCCCUACAGUGCCAGCCACCGGCGUCCCAGCGACAUGGUGGCAUUGGGGGGUUUCCUGUACCGCUUCGACCUGCUGCGGGGUGUGGGCGCUGCGGUGAUGCGCUACAACACUGUAACGGGCUCCUGGAGCCGGGCUGCCUCCCUGCCCCUGCCCGACCCGGCCCCCCUGCACUGCACCGCACUGGGCAACACCAUUUACUGCCUCAACCACCAGGUCACCGCCACCUUUACGGUCUCUGAGGGGACUGCCCAGUUCCAGGCCAGGGAGUUGCAGCCCUUUCCUCUGGGGAGUAAGGGGGUCCUCUGUCCAUUCAUCUUGACUCUGCCUGCCACCGACCGGCUGCAAACAGCCCUCUGAGCUGCUGCUCUCUAGGGAGACCCUGGGCCUGGGGGUCUGAGGGCAAGUGGAGCACAGGAGGUGGCUGGCAGAACCUUCUGCUGUUGUUUCCGGGACAGCUUUGUUUUUCUGUUCUAAUAAGGCUCAUGAUCUCCCCCUUCCCUACCCCCUUCCCUGAAAGAGCCCUCUCCCCCUGGAGCUCAGGCUCCUUGCAUCUUGGUUAGAAGCCGGCUUCUAACCUUCCCACCACAGCAUGCUGUUUACUGCCUUUUCCGCUUAGUUCUUGCCCUGACGCCUCAGCUGGCUCACACAGCCCAGCCCCUCCUCCAGGGGGCUCCUCCUCCUCCUCCUCCUCCUCCUCCCCCCCUUCUCUGGGCUCCCAGGAGCCAGGUUCCCUCUUGCAGCACUGCACUGCCUGGAAAAAUCUGUGUGGGGGUCCCUCUGGUGCUUUGAGAGCCAGGGACCGAUGUGUCCUUGAAGACCAGGAUUUGGCCUGCAGAGGGGCUGACUGCUGAGCCAAGGAAGGAGGUGGCUAGAGAGAUAGUCACACUUCUCCGUUCUGUCCCUAGGGCUCCAAGCUGGGCAAGAGGUCUGUAAGGGAAUGGGACAGGGGAACAAGGAACAGAGAGUCCCCAGGAAAAUGUUCUUGCCUCAGGCCUUGGGAGCCUGGUUUGGGUCUUCCUGGGAAAAACUCUGUAGCCCUCCUUUGUCCGAUUGGUCCCCAGAGGCCUGGAACCCUUGCCUGUGAAACUGUUCUGCUGACUGUAGCCCCUGCCUGUAACCACUUGGGCUCAUGCCCCUCUGCAGCCUGUGGGGUCUCUCCCCACCGCUUUGCCCCUCCAGAAGCAGCCUCACUUCCCACCACCCCCUGUUCUUACGUGAGACCCAGGUUUCACCUGAGCUCUUUCCCUUGUUAGCUGCGGACUUAGCCGAGACAUCGGAUUCCAUUCUUCCCAUCUGUGUAGUGGGGAAAAUGAACAUCUGUUACUCAGGAGAGCUGUGAGGGCAUAAGGACACAUGUGAGCGCCUAGCGCAGUGCCCAGGAUGAAUAGAUAAUGUUCCCCUUUACUCAUUUUGGAAUCCAUCACAGGAAGGUAAAUAAAUCUGACUGAACACUGCUGCCUGUCCCACCGUGUGCCCUGGUUUGCCCCAUCUGGCCCUUUUUAUUUUGCUUUUUAUUCCAUCCUUGGUACUACUGGCACU